AUGGUUUUGGAGGAUUUUGAUAUGGAAGAAGAUAGCUUACCCGAUUUAGAGUUGAGUUAUCUACCUACUGAGUUGAUCAAUACAUCAACUUGUCCACCUGUGAUCAUUGCAAAUGAUCGACAGCUUCAAAAUUUUGUUGGUUUUGUUCAAAAGUGUGUUUCUACUCGAUUGUGUGUAACAUCUAAAGCCAAAGUUGAGAAUCUGAAUGAACCAGACUUUGAUCUUAACAAGUCGCCAGCUGAUUCAAGUACUGCUCAAGAGGAGGGAAACUCGGUUGAUAGGGGGAACGAACCAGCUCCUGUGUUUGUUGAGAGGCAGUGCGAGAAAAAGAAAGAAAAGAUUAGCAGAGUCGAAGUUGAUGAGGAUGCCUAUCAUGCUGAUACCAUGAUCUCGGCCAAAGAGGACAUACAUAAGAUGUCAAAGUUUUCUGUGUUCAAUGUUGUUAAGAAGGGACAAUUGUUUGAGAACAAAACUUUGCUGAAGGCGACUUUCGAGAUAUGUGCAAUGAAGCAUAACUUUCACUACGAGGUUAUCAAAACGGAUAGACAGCUUUGGUAUGUUAGAUGUGAGGAUAAUGCAUGCAAUUGGUGUGUUCGAGUAGAGUGUUUGAAGGAUUCUGCAUAUUUCAUUAUCAAAAAGUAUGUCGGUGAACAUACAUGCGCACCUUCAAGCAAAACCAAACCGGGUAGGACUGCUUCAACCAAAACUAUAGGUAGUCUGAUUAUGCAUAGGUAUGAAGGGGUUAAGGAAGGGCCGAAAUGCAAUGAUAUAAUACAUAUUAUGCUUAUGGAUCAUGGCUGUGAGAUCACGAAAUCUUUAGCAUGGGAUGCUCGUGAAUAUGCGGUUAAUGAUGUUAGAGGUAUACAAGAGAGAAGUUAUAGAAAAAUACUGAAAUACUUGCACAUGCUGAGAGAGGCUAAUCCGGGUACACAUUCAUCGUAUGAGAUUGACAGCAAAGGGAGAUUUCGGUACCUGUUUAUUGCAUUUGGGCAAUCGAUACGAGGAUUUAACAGAGUCAUAAGGAGGGUUAUUGUGGUUGAUGGCACUUUUCUGAAGAACAAAUACAAAGGAGUUCUAUUGGUAGCAACUGCCAUAGACGGAAAUUCUAAUUUGUAUCCUCUUCUUGCAUUCUGA